GUAAGUGGGAUAACCCCUAUCAUUCUGACUCUUAAUAGAGAACGUCGAAGUAGAUAUAUACCUAUAUAUAUAUAUAUAUACAACGGUAGGGUUGCAAAGCUAAUUUAAUGUGCUUCAAUAUACUAGAUGGCAUCCUCACACCCGGUUAUCACAAGUUACUUCCGCAGCUCCAAUAGCGCUAGCUGGCUGUCGACCGCAUUCCUCUUGACGAGCACGGCCUUCCAGCCUGUCAUCGGUCGCCUCUCUGAUACCAUCGGUAGGAAGCCGCCUUAUCUAGCUGCUGUGGUCAUCUUCGCGCUCUCGACGCUGUGGUGUGCUCUCGCACAGAGCAUGACGAGCUUCAUCCUUGCGCGGGCUGCUUGCGGGCUCGGCGCCGGAGGUGUGCUGGGGAUGGGGAGCAUUAUUAUAAGCGAUCUGGUGCCUAUCGAACGCCGAGGUUCAUAUCAGAGCUAUAUCAACAUUGUUUAUGGGUUAGCUUCGGCCUUGGGAGCGGCCUUGGGCGGACUCAUGGCAGACAGCCUCGGCUGGCGCUGGGAGUUCGGCAUCCAGGUCUUUCCCAUUAUUCUAUGCUUCGUGGUGGCUUCAUACGGCAUCCCCGGUGAUCUCGGCCUGCAGGAUAAACACCAGACUUUUAAGGAGGGCAUGAAGACGUUCGAUUUCAAAGGCUCUAUCCUGCUAACUACGUCUACUACAUUUUUGAUCUUGGGAAUAAAUCUCGGAGGCAAUGUCUUGCCUUGGUCGCAUCCAUUCAUAAUCGCUUCGCUCGUUGUCUUUAUCAUCUGCUUUCCGGCAUGUCUAUACGUCGAGUCACAGCACGAACGACCAAUCAUGCCUUUAAUCCUCUUGCAUAAAUCCCCAAGGGCUAACAUCAUCUUCUCCAACUUCAUCGCCUCCUUCCUACUAAACGCCAUCUUAUUCAACACCCCGCUCUUCUUCCAAGCCGUCCUCCUCACCAGCGCCACCACAUCCGGGCUCUACCUCGUCGUCCCCGUCGCCACGGCCAGCACCACCGGCACGCUCACCGGCUUCCUAAUCUCGUACACCCGACGCCUCAAGUGGCCCCUAACCCUCGGCACAACCCUCUACCUGAUCGGCACCGCGCUGCUAGCCACCAUGCGCCGCGGCUGGCCCACCUACGCCUACCUCCUGUGCCUGGUGCCCUCGUCCGCGGCCCAGGGGUUCCAGUUCCCGGGCACCUUUCUCGCCGUGCUAGCCGCCUCGGAGCACCGCGAGCAAGCCGUCGUCACGUCCACGCUCGUCCUCUGGCGCGCCCUCGGCAGCGUCCUCGGCGUCGCCUUUUCCUCCCUCGUCCUCCAGAACGCGCUGGUGCGGUACCUGGCGGCGUUGGUGGUGGUGCCGCCCGAGGAGGGCCUGGGCCAGGAGUGGAAAGACGCGCUGAUAGAGAAGGUCCGCGAGAGCGUCGAGGCUGUUGCCGCGCUGCCGCCGGGCCCGGUGCGCGACCAGGUCGUUGCUAGUUACGAGGCGUCCAUCCGACUUACCUUCCUGUUUCUCGUGGGAUUCGCUGCCGUUAGCGCUUUGUUGGUUUUGCCUGUGAAGCUACCGAGGCUUGCGGCAAGGAAGUAGAAUAUUAUAUUAUUUGGGCACCUAACCUAUCUGUAAGUGAUCGUUAUUGCUAGGAUUCUUGUUGUUAUAGCUGUUGUAUUAAAUAAUAAAUUAAUUAAAAAAGGGAAGGGGAAAAAAAAAGGAAGGAAAGGGGGAAUAUAGCAAUUCAGGACCUCAUUUCUAAGCGCU